CACGUAGACUGGAAAGACCAGAGACUGCCGAGAAAGAAACCUGCUGGGUUUGGUUUUGCCUUCUAGAGGAUCCAAACCCAAACAGUGCUCGCUUUGAGAUUUCGAGGACAACUACCUCAGCUAAGUAACGUAGUGUAGACAGCUGUGUUCGUGACAUUUGUAUAUCAAAAGUUGGAUUUUUAGAAAAUGUAGUUCUCAGAAUGGCACUAAAUCAAUCGGAAGUUUAAGCCCAGCUGACAGUGAAUGUCUAAAAAUUUUAUUUCAUCAGUAGCAUGUGGAUGCCACUUACUCCACUUGAUGGGAUGGUAGUAAUUAGCAUAUUUGAUUUGAGACAAAGUCUACCAUUUGAUCCGUCUGAUGACUACAGUUAGAUCUUUUCAUGAAGCUUUUGCUUUGCCAUAAGGUUCCACUGCUAUGGGUAAUUUUUGUGUCAAGAAAAAUGACCAUGUACAGACUCUUUCCCAGGCUAAUGUUCGGGAAAACCCAGAAAUAACCAUUGAAACUUCUCUGUCUGCUGACAGUGGCUUGCAGAGUGGAAAUGGUGGUAUUAGUCAGCUUCACGAAAGGCAACGCUAUCCAAACUGCUCAUCUAAUGCACCCGCACAAGCAUUUUCAUCUGAAAGUAAUAGACAAGGCAAUAAUUGUAGUAAGUUUGUGAAAAUAGUUGUAGCGCUUUAUACAUACAAUGCUCGAGAUGAUGGGGAUCUAAGUUUUCGUAAGGGAGACCGUUUAGGAAUUCUUAAUGAUAGUGAUCCAGAUUGGUGGCAUGCACGCCACUUAGCAAAUGAACAAAAUGGUUAUGUGCCCCGGAAUUACGUUGCUCCAGAAAAAACUGUUGAAAGUGAAGAUUGGUUUUUUGGGCGUGUAUCGCGCAAAGAAGCUGAAAAAAUGCUCAUGCUACCUUCAAAUCCUAGAGGAGCUUUCCUUAUUCGAAACUGUGAACAAACUACAGGUAUUAUAAAAGGUGCAUAUUCUUUAUCCAUCAAAGAUUGGGAACACCAAAAGAGCGAUCAUGUAAAGCAUUAUAAAAUCAAAGCAAUGGAUAAUGGUGGCUUUUAUGUAACAACAAGAAAAACAUUUGUUACACUUCAGGAACUAGUUGCGUAUUAUUCAGAAGGAGCAAAUGGCUUGUGCCAUAAAUUGACAGUUCCCUGUACGAAACCAAAGCCUCACCUUUGGGAUCUCUCACCAGAUACUAGAGAUGAAUGGGAAAUCCCUAGGUCUUCAUUACAAUUGAUUCAUAAAUUAGGUAGUGGAAAUUUUGGUGAUGUAUGGUAUGGUAAAUGGAAGGGAACAACACCAGUUGCAGUCAAAACCCUUAAAUUUGGUACAAUGGCACCAUCAGAAUUUCUAAAAGAAGCUACAAUAAUGAAAAAAUUCCGGCAUGAAAAAUUAGUCUCUUUGUUUGCUGUUUGUUCAAAAGAAGAGCCCAUUCUUAUUGUUACUGAAUAUAUGGCUAAUGGCAGUCUUUUAGAUUAUUUAAGAAACAAAGAAGGCAAAAAUUUGAGGUUGCAUGCUCUUAUUGAUAUGGCAGCACAAAUUGCUAGUGGCAUGGCAUAUUUGGAGCGUGAAUUACUAAUCCACAGAGAUUUAGCAGCUCGAAAUAUAUUAGUAGGUGAAAAUAAUAUAGUGAAAGUGGCCGAUUUUGGUUUAGCUAGGAUAAUAGAAGAUUCUGAGUAUACUGCUCGGCAAGGUGCUAAGUUUCCAAUCAAAUGGACUGCCCCAGAAGCAGCAUUACUUGGAAGGUUUUCCAUAAAAUCUGAUGUAUGGUCUUAUGGAAUAUUACUUUAUGAACUUAUUACUCAUGGCCAAGUUCCUUAUCCAGGCAUGCACAAUCGUGAAGUAAUUGAGCAAGUGGAAAGAGGUUACAGAAUGCCCAAACCUUCAAACUGUGAAUGUCCAGAUUCAGUUUAUUCAAUGAUGUUACAAUGUUGGGAUGCAGAUCCAGAAAAAAGACCCACAUUUGAGUUCCUGUUUGGCUUUUUUGAUGAUUAUUUUGUGUCUACAGAGCCAAGUUAUCGUAAUGCCGAAGAUUUCUGAAAGCAUCCAAGAUUGUAUACUUUGUGUUUCAUCCGUUGAACGGUGUCAAAAUAUAAAAUAUUUAAAUGAGAACUUUUUUUUUAACUUUGAAUGUUUUAUAUAUCUCCUGAAGUUUUUUCAGGCAGAAAAGAGCUCCCAAGAUGUUUUGUGAAUGUAUCAUUUUUAGCAUUUAUUAAUGGCAUGUAAAUACAUAUUUUUGUCAUUAAGUGUUUGUCAUUUUUAUCACUCAAAAUGUUUGUUGCUUUUUAAAUCUCAAAUGCUUCAAUUUUAGAGUACAGAAAUUUAAAUUUUAAGCUUCCAGACAUUGUGCCAAAGUUAACUAGAAAUGAGAAGAGUUUUUAUAUAAAGCUUGCAUUUUAGGAGUAGCCUCAUUUUUAUCAAAAGUCUCAGCAAGUCAUUUUCAUAUUACAGUUUUCUUUCAACUAUUUAGUAAUUUUAUAAAUAUCUUGAAGAUUCUAUCUGCUGUAAACAAAAUAAUUUAAAUUUUUGCGUUUAUAUACAUUGAAGAAAACAUAACAUGCAUCAAAAUUUAUUUAUUUGUACAUUGUUAUUCAUUUUUAGAGGACUGUGCUAAACAUAAUUUCAGAAGUGUUUCUAUUAUUUAAGCAUUUAAUGCACUUUCUGAAAUAAAUUAUACAUUUUGGUAUAUCUUACUAGUUGUAAUAGCUUUGCGUCUUUAUGUAUUUUAUAAUAAGAAAUUCAUAUUAUUUUGUAACUGCUUAUUUUACGUACCUUUAACUAAAAUAAUUGAAUGACAUGCCUUCUUAAUAUCUGGUUUCGUUUUGAUGUUUGUAUAGUUAUUUAUAAAUGUAAGUGGAAAAAAAAUUCAAAAGCUUUUGUGUAUUUUAUAUAUAUCUGUAUUAUCAUGUUUUAUUGAAAUAAAAUGCAUAAGUACAGUUGACCUUUGACAUUGGGACUAGGACUUCUGAUUCUUCAUGUUGCCAAAAACUUGCGUAAAACUUCUGCCUGAAAUCUUUAAAUGCUAAUAGCCUAAUUUUAAAUAGAAACUUUACUGGUGGCAUGAGGAACAAGUUUCAUAUUUUAUGUGUUGUAUAUAUUCUCAUUUAUUCUCUUUUUACAAUAAAAUAACUGAGAGGAAAGAAAGAAAUUAUUUGUAGAUACAAAGAUUUAAAAGUAUAUUAUAGUAGGAUGGGUAAGUAAAUUUAUGUGCUCUGGUUACUUGAUGUUAAGUAUGCUACCAAGAAUAGAGCAUGAGAAACAAGUUUUUAUUGCAGGUUCAAAUGUAUUUUUAUGCACUCGUGGGAAAACCAGAUUUUUCUUUACUUACUAAUAGACUAUGCUAUUUAGCUACAAGUUUUAAAAAACAUAGCAGAUUGUCUAAAAAUUGAUUCAUCAUAUGUCUUAGAGGGCGAGGGAACCUACUUGCAAUCAAUUUUUCUGCCACUUCAAAUCUGCAUUUUUCAAAGGUUAACUGUAUUUAAGUAUAUUUAUGAAGUAUACCCAUUAUUUAUAAAAAUUUCUAAAUUAUUUGGAUAUAUACAUAAUAUCAGUUUUUGCUUUUUAUGAAUUACCGUAUUUGAUGGCAUAUAAGACGCACUU